AUGAUACGAUUUGUUGUUCUUGCAUGCUUUCUCCUGAGUGUCUUUAUUAGAAAAUUCUCGAAUUCCUUUUCCUAUCAAGGAGAACUGACGAGAAACGUAUCUUUGGACAACAUUUUGCCAACGAACACCCUUUAUUAUAUAAAGAUGAUCGAGAGCAUAAGUCUGAUAAAAUGCAGUUCACAAUGCUUUCUGCUGAAUUCAGCAUGUGUUGGUAUCAUAUACAACAAGAUAUUCUUCUCAUGUCAUCUCCUGAAAAGUUAUUUUACUGAACGAUCAAAAAACAAGACGAGUGUUGAAGUUGGAUGGGAAAUUUGGCUAAAGAAAAAUUGUUGCUCUGUCGGCUGGGUUCCUUUUAAUGGACAUUGUUAUUUCCUGAACAAAACUAUGACAAACUGGUACGACGCAAAGGUAGUGUGUGAACUAAAUGGAGCCCACCUUGUAGAGAUAGAUACACAAGAAGAAAAUACAUGGAUAAUGGAGACCUUUCUUUCACCUUGGAAUGAUGGGGCAACGGAUAUCGACGAAGAGGGAGUUUUCACAUGGAAUCGUCACACCAACGUUACGUAUUCAAAUUGGCGUAAGGGCGAGCCUAAUAAUAGAUGCAUGUACGACAAAGAACACUGUGUACAGAUAUGUCGAAAUGGACUUUGGAAUGAUCGAAAUUGUGAUAAUAUUUAUGCAUUUAUUUGUGAAAAGGAGUAG